AAGAAUGUGACUGCCUAAAAUGUUUCAGAGUCGUACGAGAAAAGCAAACAUUAAUAAACCUGCACCAACACGGUGCUUGCUGGCUUUGUUUAUUAUGGGAUGCACAAGUUCCAAAUUCUCGGUUGUCAAGGCUGUGGAGCCCAGCAGAUUGGUUGAAGGAAAUGAGAAAAAUGCUUUGGAGAAUGACGUUUCCGAGGCGUUUCCCCGCGGAGAAUCGGCAGCGUCCAAGCAUACUACAGACAGCGGGUUAGGUCUGGAAGCCGUGCCCAGGACAAUGCCCCCAUUAAGGGGCCCUAGUUCCAUGUUCACCAAGGAGGACAGAGAGAGACCAAAGGCUCAUGAGAUCCUGGAGCAGCUGCAGAGGCAGGGUCUCCUCCCAGCAAACUGCAGGCAGGGCCAGUGGGGAGAGGCCUACAGUGUGAUGAUGGACGGCCCAGAGCAGCACCUACGGCGGCCACCCUUACACUUAGAGACUCUGAGGAACAGGGCGGGGAAGCUCAUCACCAAGGACGACAUCGAGGCCAGGAUGAGGAGAGCAGAGGAAAGACGCAAGGCCCAGGAGGUGGCGCUGAGGAGCAAGCUCAGGGACAUGUCUGCACGGUGCUGCGGCACGAGCCGGCCUGAGGAGAAAGACCAUCUGGAAUUGGAUGGAGGACCCAGUACAGUAUCUGGACGCACUUCCCCAAAAGUCUGGCAUGACCAGGACCUUGCACUGGCCUCCCAGUAAGCCUUGCAGAAAGGAAGUUUCACAUGCAAGGACAAGGACGACAGAGCUGGGGAGAAUUUGGGGGGGGGGGGGGGGGUCCUCAUGGUCCCUCUAGAGAGCGAUGCCAUUUUUCAGACAAGGGCCACAGACGAGGACGACGAUGGAUCUUUUCAAUCCCGAUUAAUUUGAAUUCACUUAAAAUGGGGAGACGGAAGUCUGUUCUUUUAGCAGUAGAUGGCGCUGUUAACCUAAAAUCUAGAUCGCCACUGUUGAUUUACUAAAUGCUGCUCUAGGACUAGGGAGCUGCACUUUGAUGCAGUGAAAGAAUGUAUUUGCAGAGGACACGCGAUCCAGACAAGAGUUGUUCGGAAGCUGAGCUUAUUAUCUUUCGCAAAAUGUACUGUAACAGCAGUCUGUAAUAAUCAUUAUAAAUCCAGGUUUAAAAGUAGGUCGCACUCACGGGUAAAUUAACUUCAAUUUUGCGUAAUGGAUACCGACAACUACACAACGUCCUGAGCAUCUCGGUAAUCCUGAACGCCAGGUUACCAGAUAAUUUGUAUGUUAUGUAAGGAAUGAUGUAUGUAGCUUUCGGGAUCUGUUUCAGUCGCAGUGCAGACUCUUCGUAUCGAUGCGUAAUACAGUUGUGAUGUGUAUGAGCAAGUGUUUGGGGGGGGGGGGGUGACAGACUUCUGCAGCUGUCAGUCUUUCAUCAGCCCAUCCCCAGUUGCCAUGGAAGUAAGUCCUUUUCGAGUCAUCGGCAUAGAAUCGGGCGCUCUUUAGAUUUGAGGCCAGCUGAAUAUGGGAUUAAAUCACGGGGGCUCUGAGUGGAGACUCGCAUAGUUUUGGGGGUAUUUCAGACAUCCGUCCGCUGACAUAUUCCUUCAUAAAGUAUUAAAAAUAAAUUAAAUUUGGUCUAAGUACUUUUCCUCCAAAAUAUAGUAAUUAGGAGUCCAAGCAACGUGGCUGAUGGAAUGCUAUUGUUUUUUGUUAGUUUUCAUUAAAACGCGUACCAAUAUUGUUUAAUAAUGCACAUUUAAAAUGUAACUUAAAAGCUGUUAUGGGACUUUUUAUGGCUCCUUAACAUAGGUUAAACACUUUUCCUUCACGCAAUCGACAUGACACCAAAGCAAAAAUAAGAAUAAAAUUAAUAUAACAAAUUAACCUACGGUGUUUGAUCACCUGUUUGGCAGGCAUUAACAAGGAAAUGCCAUAUAAGUGUCCGGGGUCCGAUAUAAACGACGUUGCAAAAGUCUAACUGAUGUAAUUCAGUUGUGAAUGACGUUGUGUUUUGUUGAAUUCUGCAA